CUCGGAGCCGGCGAUGCUGGCCGGGCUGUGCCCUGGUGUUGGCUGCGAACAGCCCUGCCGGGGGCUGCUGCUGCUCCGGGGAGCAGAGCCCUGCGGAGCUUGCUCUGCUCUCUCUAUUACCCCUUGCUCUGCUCUCUGUAAUACCCCAGACGGUACCCGGGCGGUAGCUGGGAUUUAGGGUUUCACUCGCGGUGUUAAAUUCUAAAUCUUGAUUUAAAAUUAAAAAAAAAAAAUUGUUCGCCAUUUAUAUUUUUAAAAAGCAGGUGAAGAAAAACAUGCGGGUAGAUCGCACUUUAAAACAGACCUAUGAUGCAUUUCUCCUCAGAAAAAAGGCGAGGGUUGAUAAUUAAAAGGACAGCAGACAUAGAAGUCUGUCUGAGGAGGAUCGGCUCCAGAAGUCAGAAUGAGGUCACCUGACAAAGGCAUUUUCAUGAUGUCUUUGGGGAAAAAGACAGGCAGAGCUACCCACCUGAAGUCUGCAUUGAGCAAGGCGUUUCCUCCUCUAACACUUUAUUUAAUGCUGUCAGUAGCAAAGCUAAUAAAACAGCAGGAUGUGUGCUCUGCCAGCAGAAAGGCUGCUGCUGUUUCAGCCCCCACCUGUUCGGGGAUGCUGUGCUGGUGCUGCUCUGGUGGAGCUGCUCAGGUCCCAGCAGCUGAGCAGGAAGGAAGGAACAGACAAAGCCCUGAGCUGCGCCUGCUGACUGGGUACAGUUUUGGCAGAGCCUUGUCUCUCAUUAUCUUAUUGCUUCUCGUGUCUCCUGGGGUUUUCUGUUGGAGUUCUGGGGAACUAUAAAAUCAGUUUUUAAGGCUGUUGCGUGUACACAAUCUCAGUCAUUAUUUUUCCUAGAGAGCAGAGAUAGGUUAUGUUUUGGGGUAGUUGGGUAUUUGGCAGGCAACUAGGGAAACAGAAUAUUAGAAAGUAGUUUUCAGGGUUUCUAAUAUCCAAUCCCUAAAUACCUGAAGUCUGCAGGAAAUGAGACAAGUCAUUUCCCUGCUGUUGAGGAGCUGAGAAAAUGCCCAUCUGUUAUGAUGAUUUGGGUUCUUUGUGCUUUCUGACAUGCAGACAGAUACAGUCUGUAUCAGAUACCAAUACUCAGAUUUGCAAAGGAACAGGCUCACUUUUUUUUUCUCAGUCGCAAGCCUUUCUAGAUGUUUUGCCAUCUGUGUCUCAAUGUCUUUUAAAAAGUUUGUUUUUUUACUUUACUUGUUAGAUUUUAUUAAGCGGUAAAUCAUCAAACUCUUUUGUUUCUUUCCAGGUUACUUUGAUGAGUAAAUAAACAGAGGCUUGUUUUGUCUCUGAGAAAAUAGGGUCUGGCCUGAAUGUUUGAAUUGCUUCAUUAUAAAUGAAAAUAAGCUUAAGAAUUUCCUGAGCACUCUGUUCUCAGUAGCAGGAUUUCUAAGAAGAGGAACUUUGUCCGUUCUGUCAGACUGAGAUGAUUGUAAAAAGCUAUGGAUUUUAUACUGAUAAGAUUUCAUCCUCAGAUGUAUUUUUGCGGUAUACACUUUGUAAUGUUUACCAAAAACUUCAAGUUAAAGCACAACCUUUAAUUCUUAAGAUUUUCUGUGCAGAAAAUACUUUGUGGCUAGGUGAGAAACUGAUUUUUCAGUGUGUAGCAUUUUCCAGAAAAUGCUCCUGGUUUAGUGGCAGUGACUCUGAACAGCCUGAGAAGGAAGGCAUGUGUUUGUGUCACUGUGCAAUUAAAGCUACAGUGGAAAGUGAUUCUAUAGAAGUAUGAUGUGUGCUUCUGUAGGUAGGCUGUGAUACACCAGAUAAUUCCAGAAAUUAACAGGAAGGCUGCUUGGAUACUGUGGGAGGGGCACUGGUUGCAGCCAUGCAGCAGAGGUGCUGUGUUAAUUGCAGUGACUUGGCUGCUUCUGAGACCUGCUGGGACAACAUGGUGCCUAAGAACUGACAUUCCCAGCCUGGCCUUUCCCCAUUAAACCCAUUGAACCAGUGAGAAUGUGCUCUGGAUUGGAUGCUUCUCUAUGGCAUGGUGGUUUAUAGCCCCUACUGAAUUUGUCCUGUUAAGCUUAUUAGCUGAAGCUGUAAAGGACCCUACAGCUGUAGAAAGAGCAAAUUUAUUAAACAUGGCUAAACUGAGUAUCAAAGGACUCAUUGAAUCAGCCUUGAGCUUUGGGCGCACUCUGGAUUCUGACUACCCACCUUUGCAGCAGUUCUUUGUUGUCAUGGAGCACUGCCUGAAGCAUGGCCUGAAAGUAAGAAAAUCCUUUCUCAGUUACAAUAAAACCAUCUGGGGUCCUCUGGAACUUGUGGAGAAAUUAUAUCCAGAAGCUGAGGAAAUAGCAGCAAGUGUCAGAGAUUUGCCUGGCCUUAAGACGCCGCUGGGCCGUGCCCGGGCCUGGCUGCGGUUGGCGCUGAUGCAGAAGAAAAUGGCUGAUUAUCUUCGCUGUUUGAUCAUCCAGAGAGACCUCCUCAGUGAGUUUUACGAGUAUCAUGCACUGAUGAUGGAGGAGGAAGGAGCAGUGAUUGUUGGGCUGUUAGUUGGGCUGAACGUGAUCGAUGCCAACCUGUGUGUGAAGGGAGAAGACCUGGAUUCACAAGUUGGGGUGAUCGAUUUCUCUGUGUAUUUGAAGAGUGAUGAUGACAUUGGGGGCAAAGAAAGAAAUGUACAGAUUGCUGCAAUAUUGGACCAAAAGAAUUAUGUUGAGGAACUAAACAGGCAACUGAACACAGAAAAGCUGAGCACAUCAACUAUGAGCAAAAUGAAAGUCAAGGAGGAGAAAGGAGCUGUCACAAUUAAGAGCAGUGAUGUUUGUGUGAUGUCAUUAUCCAGUAGCACAGUUAGCAGUCUACAUGCAAGAGUUGACUCACUAGAGAAAUCAAACACUAAACUGAUUGAAGAGUUAGCAAUAGCAAAAAACAAUAUAAUUAAACUUCAGGAAGAAAACCAUCAAUUAAGGAGUGAAAAUACUCUGAUUUUAAUGAAAACACAGCAUCAUCUAGAGGCAGCCAAGGUGGACGUGGAGGCAGAGCUGCAGACGUACAAGCACUCGAGGCAGGGCUUGGAUGAGAUGUACACCGAGGCGCGCAGGCAGCUCCGCGAGGAGGCACAGCUGCGCCAGGAUAUGGAGAAUGAGCUAGUGGUUCAAGUUAGCAUGAAACAUGAGAUAGAGCUUGCCAUGAAGCUGCUGGAGAAGGAUAUCCAUGAGAAGCAGGACACCCUCAUCGGCCUGCGGCAGCAGCUUGAGGAAGUUAAGGCAAUUAACGUGGAAAUGUACCAAAAGCUGCAGGUUUCUGAAGAUGCUAUGAAAGAAAAGAAUGAAAUAAUUAGUCGAUUAGAGGAUAAGACCAAUCAAAUUAAUGCAACUAUGAAACAACUAGAACAAAGAUUGCAGCAAGCAGAGAAGGCUCAAAUGGAGGCUGAGGCUGAGGAUGAGAAACUUAAACAGGAAUAUGUGAAUAAAUCUGAAAGCCUGCAGAACGAAUUCUCCCAGAAGGAGAAACAGCUGCUUCAGCUGGAAACAGACUUGAAGAUAGAAAAAGAGUGGCGGCAAACCCUGGAGGAUGAUCUUCAGAAGGAAAAGGAAACUGUGUCUCAUCUGAGAACAGAGACCCAAGAAAUAGUUACCCUUAAGAAAGAGUUCCUUAAACUUCAGGAGAAGAACAAGCAGCUGAAAAGCACAUGUGAGGACCAAGAAGCUGCUCUCCAGGAACUGGCAUCCAAGCUGAGCGAAUCAAAGCUGAAAAUAGAAGAUAUAAAAGAAGCUAACAAGGCUUUGCAGGGCCAGGUUUGGUUGAAGGACAAAGAAGCCACUCAUUGCAAGCUGUGUGAAAAGGAAUUUUCACUUUCCAAACGGAAGCAUCACUGUAGGAACUGUGGGGAGAUCUUCUGCAAUGCCUGUUCUGACAAUGAGCUGCCUCUGCCCUCCUCACCAAAGCCUGUCCGGGUCUGUGACUCCUGCCAUGCCAUUCUGAUCCAGAGGUGCUCUUCUAAUGUGCCAUAAGAGAUUUAUUCAUGCUGCUUUUGGCUCAUCCUGUAAAAACCACCAUGCCAACUAAAGAAUGUACAAGAGGAUUUCCAGACUCUGAGGUAAGCAGUGUGGAGUUGCAAUUUCAAGGUACUGUGAAUGAGUUACUUCUCUGCUUCCUCUUGAAACAAAUGGAGACAAUGGGACCCAAAUGUAGAAUAUGCACAUCUAAAAAGAAGAAAAACCCAAAAGGGUGUGUUGGUCUGCCAAAUGGCUCAGCAGCUUUUUUGGGAGGAAGCAGGGUGGUUUAUCCAGGAGACUCAGUGUUAAUGUGUAUUGGAUGAAUAUUUCAGUUGUUAAGAUGAUCUGGAGGAAGGUGAUACUCUUCCAGGCUGAUGAGCCACAAGCCCAACCUAAUCCUGUGCCUGUGAUAGGCUGUUGGGAAACAAAACCCUGCAGUAGCUGGUUUUAAAUUGUACUGGAAAAAAGCAUGGCAAUUAAUGCAGUGGUCUGAGAAGUUAUUGCCAAAUACUGUGUGUUUGUUCACCUCUCUUCAUGAGCAGGAGUUGGUACAUUCCAGAACAUUCCAGAACAUCCCAGAACAUUGCACUGCAGCUGUUCUGUGCAGUCCCAGGGUGAGGGGAGCUGUGCUCAGCCAGGGAACAAACAGUGCUCGGGGCACUUCCUGAAGGAAGGUGUGUUUUGCUGAGUGAUUUGUUCACAUGAACUAUUAAUUUGAUAUAUUUGUGUUUCCACUGAGAGAGAGCUGUUCAGCACAGACCUCUUCUCUGACAUUGUCUGUAACCUUGAACAAGUCUGCAUCGUUUUCAUGCAAGUCAUGCUCUCCAGCUUGUACAUGUAGUCACUGCAUAGCUCUAGAAACCACCUAGAAAGGCUGGGGUUAAAUGCUGGGAAUCACAUCCUUUCUGUGCUGCACUGCGAGGUUCUUCCUUAUGUUGUCACCAUCUUUCUCAAACCUUCAGAGCUGCUUCCUAAACUGCAUUUUUUUGCAGAGCACUUUUGAGCCUAAGUCUAUCCACUCUUGUCACUGAUGGUAACAUUUGUUGGAAUGUAAGAUCCUUGUUCUUUCCAUAGGCAAAUAGAAAUCAUAUCCUUUGAUAAAGUGCCCUCCCUUCCAGCUCACUGCACUGCACCCUCCUCCCUUUAGCCACUCCUGGCCUGGGCUCCAGCCCUGGAUCCUCCAGAAUUACCAGCCCUGUAGUUCCUUCAGCCCUGGGCUUGGAGUAGCACUGCUGGCAGCAAAAGGGAGGCUGCACACAGAUCUUUUAGCUGUCCUUGCACUUUGUUUAGCUUGGCUUUGUCUCUGAGGAUAGGGAUUUAGUGAAUAUCCUAAAAGCUAACAUAGCUAUUCUUUUAACACCUCAGUGUAGUUGCUUAUGUAGUUUUUGUAAAGAAAAAUGUUUUUAAAAAGACCUGAUGUAACUUUUUGUAAAAUACCACACAAAUACUUGUAAAUCUGUAAAUAACUUUUGGAAAAAAAUAAAUUUAAGUUAUCUGAGAAUAAUGUCACUUAA